AAACCUUUGUGCUUAGUAUUUUCUCUUAGUGUCACCACUCCUUAUACUAUUUUUGACACAUUCUUUAACUCCCCUUUUCUUCCAGGGUUCAAAGAAGACAAAGAGAAGCGAGAAAGUGGCUACUUCUCCUUAGGGAGGGCAGCAAGUGCCCAUUCUCUACGCGAUAACAGCCCACAUGGGCCAUUUCGCUAUUUUGAGAGAGGACAUCAGGUCUUUAGCAGCAAAAACAUUGAGCCCAAAGAUACGAUCCCCUUUAGAAAUCCUAAUCUGGGUGUGGCCUCUGAGAGGCAGGUGCCAGAGGUUCUGGAUAGCGAUCUGCCUGUGGAAAUCCCUCCUCUAGACCCCUAUGGUAUUGCUGUUGAGGUGGAAGCACAGCUAGGCCCUCGUUCUCCGAGCCCGACUCCUUUUAAGAUAGCUGAGUCUCUAGCCUCGACUGGACCAAAAGGUUACACCAGGUCGUACGACAGAGGAAACUCUAAUUACAGCUCUUCCCAUCAACAGUCAGGGCGCUUUGAUUCCUCAAGGCUAAGCUCAGCUCUACAAUCUCGCUCUUCUUCCCCUGCACGUGGAAACUCUUUAUUGAGGGGUGGUGAGUUUCCUUCCGCCCUCAGAGGGCAUCCCCUUGAUGGUGCAGAGUGGUCCAAGGGUAUGGGCUCAAGAUCAAGAGGCUCCUUGCAAGCAGCACAUGGGCAACGUGUAGAAUCUGGGACUUUGCCCAGAAACUUUCAAUCAUUCGCUGGUUCAGUCAAAUCCCAAUCCAAUACAGUCUCUAAAUUUAGAAAUGCCUUACGAAAAACAGAGGUAAGUGGUUCGCACAGUGGUCAUGGUCCUAAUAGCAGGAGCUCCUCACCUGUCAGAAUGUCACUCUGCCCAACUGAAAACAGAAGCAGUUCUUUGCACAGGCUCAACAAUCGUACAAGCUCUCCAUCUCGGAGACCUUCAGAGAGUCGUUAUGGCACUCGUGGGUCUUCACCGCCAAGAAGAGCUUCCAGUUCAUUUAGCCAAUCUGGUCUUCGUAAAUCAGAUUCCAUGACAUCGCUGGAUGAACGAAGUCAUCAUGGACGAUGCGGUUCCCCGAUAAGAGAAGGUUACGACAUUGAGAGUCAGGCUCUCAUGCGAAACCUAACAGCAGGAAAUUCACGUAAUAGUCAAGAGGACGAAAACACUACCACGUCUCCGACCAGACUUGGUUAUGACGCAUCAAGUCAACCAAAACUUCACGAGAAAAAAUUCAGUACAACUGGUCGCAGUCAACGAAGUCCUGAAAGAAAGUCCUUUAAAACUCCUGGUCAGUAUUCACUUAGAAAAAAUGAAAAUAGCAGCGCUUCAUUUAAUGGUCCUCAAAGUCGAAAUACUUCUCCAUCAAGGAGAAGUUAUGAAUCUCCCACUCAGUCUAUCCUUCGUAGAUCCGAAGCAAAAGCCCGGCAAAGCCAUAUAUCUUCAUCAUCAAAGCAAUGCUACAGUGCACCUCACCAGGCCUCGUUUUAUAAUAGUGAACUUAGCAGCUCUCCAAAGGGGAAGAACCACAACAGCCGUAACGCUUCCCCGUCUCGAAAUGCCACCGGUGCGUCUCCAGCCCACUCCGUCCUCAGAAAUUCCACCAAAGGAAACGCCAGUCGUUCAUUGCACAGAAGAAACGAUUACUCAAAAUCGGACCCCAAUCACUCGCCACGCUCCUGGCAGCAAUCAGCACAUUCGCUGCGCAGUUCCUCGUUAUCCCGCGCUGCUUCUCCUGCCCUGCAGAAUGCAGCAGGAAACAGAACGCCCUCCAACAUCUUACAAACGCAGAGAAGCCCUGGUAGCGUUAGAGCUCGGGUCAGAGGACAAAGCCUUGAAAACCAAUUUCCUAGGGACAGCCCUGGUAGCGUUAGAUCUCAGGUAAGAGGACAAAGCCUUGAAAACCAAUUUCCCAAGGACAGAGGACCUUGUGACCGUGCACGGAGCCCUUCACCUACACUUCAGAUUAAAAUGCAAAGCCAUACCUUCUCACAGAGCUCCAUGGAUUCCUCAGAGUCAGGCCAGCCGUCGGUAGUGGCCACAGAUAGGAACAAGGGAGAAUAUGCCAGGAUUGCUGAUCUGCCCAAGGUAAAGAUUAUUCAACAGCAGGAGGACAGCAGCUACAUGGACAUGCCUCAGAAUCAUCAGCGUUCCCGGAGACAGGAACUCUUCAAACCAGCAAGCCACUCCCUCACCAACCAUCCCUUCAGAGCCUGGGAAGACACUGGAGAAACUGACAAGGAACGCUACUAUGGUGGCAGUGGGUAUUUAUCGCGGGCUCACUCCUCUACUUCCUUGCAGAGGUCUUGCAGUCCCACUGUGGACAAGGGCGUCUUCUGGAACGAGAGUCAUCCCAAACCAGCGCCAAUGCAGCCUGACCUCCUAAACUUCAAGAAGGGAUGGAUGUCGAAACUCGAUGAAAGUGGAGAGUGGAAGAAGCACUGGUUCGUUUUGACUGAUGCCGGACUGAAGUACUACAGGGACUCCAGUGCAGAGGAGAAAGAUGAUCUGGAUGGUGAAAUUGAUUUAAAGUCCUGCGAGAAGGUGUCUGAGUUUGACGUGGAGAAGAAUUAUGGCUUUCAGAUACAGACGAGGGAUUCCUCGUUUACACUUUCUGCCAUGACCGCAGGAAUCAGGAGGAACUGGAUUGAGGUUUUGAAGAAGUGCAUCCGGCCCAGUAGCACCCCAGACCUCACACAGCUGCCUGAUAGCGGCAGUGACAAAGAAAACUCCCACACACGCUUCCAGCCGACUCCUCGGCGACCGCCAUCGCACCACGCCGAUGUCCCUUCAGAAGUUCCCCCUACCCAGCGUCGGUUUGACUACGUGGAGCUGUCCCUGGUCCCCGCCUCCUCCGGCCAGCUUUCCGCCAAUCAGAGACAGACGGGGGAGGGCCCGCGGAGAGAGCAGGGCCAGUGGCAGGAGGAGAGGGCCCGGGACACCACCAGCAGCCAGUGGGAGGCGGUGCUGUCUCGGAAGGGCACCGGUGGAGGAGUCAACUCGCGGCUGCGCAUGGAGGACGAGAUCGAGAAGAAGUGGGCGGAGUUUGAGCGCAUGCCUUUGAAGGAGAACCCGACGGCGGGGUCUCGGCCUUCCGGCCAGCUGGCCAAUGAGGCGCUGCAGAGGGAGGUGGCGUCACUGAGGCAGCAGCUUGAGCAACUACAACGGGGAGGGGGAGGGGGAGGGGGAAAGGGGACGCGCGCCCCAUGCGGCACCGACGGCCCCUGCAGCCGCGGCCUGGCCGCUGUAGAGCGCGCUCAUCGGCAAGCCAUGCAGGAGCUGCAGAGGCAGCACGAGCGGCAGAUGACGGCGUUGGAAACGGAGAAGAAGAUGCUGCUGCUGGAGGAGAUUCAGGACACGGCACGGGUGAUGGAGGCGCUGAGGAAGAAACACAAAGAGGACCUGGAGAGCGAGGUGGAAAAGGUCAAGAGGCUAAGCAGUGGCGACCCAAAGACUUUACGAGACCAACAACAGGUGGAGAGUCAGGCCUUGCAGAGAGAGCUGACCGGACUAUCGGAGCGCUACUCUCAGAAGUGUCUGGAGCUAAACCGGGCUGAACAGAACAACGCUGAAAGAGAGCGGGAACUCCGUCGAAAGGAGAGCAAUCUGGAGCAGCUCAGGAAGGAGAACCAAAACUUAAAGGAGCGCUUGGCAGAGGAGAUCUGCCGCAUACGAUACAACACAGAUCUGGGUUCAAAGGACAACCGAGAUGGGACAUCCUGUGAAUUAGAGGUCCUGCUCAGAGUCAAAGAAAACGAGAUCGAGUACUUGUAUAAGGAGAUCAGCUGUCUAAGGAAUGAACUGGAGUUCCUCAACACGGAGAAGUGUCGGGCCGGUGCGCGAUACGCGGAGGUGAACGAGGAGCUGAGCGGGAUAAAGGGGCGGAGCGAGCGCGAGAUCCAGAAUCUAAAGGAGCACUUGAGGCUGGCCAUGGCUGCUCUGCAGGAGGGCCAGAGGCUGGGGAACAGCAUGGACCACUGACUCCUUUUAAAAGUUAUAAGUGAUGCUCGGGGGCGAGGCAAGUCAACAACAAGCCCCCAUGGUGGUGCCCCCCAUGUGUGCCUGCUCCAAAUGUGACUGAAAGGAGAGAGAUAGUUCUAGUACCUUUUGUUUCAAUGCUGGUGCCAAUGGUGACCUGGCCUUUUUACACUGGACCACGUGUUCUAUAAACUGCACUUUUCCUUCCUCAUUCAGGCUCCUGGCUCCCGUCAGUGCGCCUUUUUAAAAAAAAAACUGGAGUAUUUGUCAACCUUCCUCAUUCAGGCUCCUGGCUCCCGUAAGUGCGCCUUUU